GGCAUGGAGGGACGGCUAGCCGUAGUACACCACAUUUAGUAUCGGGGAUAUUUUGGCCCGUUGGGUCCAAAGUACAUAUUUGGGUCUUUAUAUACUUUGCAGAAGGCCUGUGCUACAGAUUCGUGGCUUCUGUUUGAGUUUAAAGUCCAAAAUCUUGCGUAGAAACGGCGUCAAAUGAGUGUUACUCUUGAGAAUGGGAUCAAGCAGGAGAGUGGAAGUAGCAAUGCAGACGAUGGGGAAGGCAAUGGAUUGUGCUUGAUAUGUGGAGACAAGGCAACUGGUAAGCACUACGGUGCCUCUAGUUGCGAUGGAUGCAAAGGUUUUUUUCGUCGUAGUGUACGGAAAAAUCACCUCUACUCAUGCCGAUUCCAGAGAAGCUGUGUUAUAGACAAAGACAAGAGGAAUCAAUGCCGAUUUUGUCGUCUGAAGAAAUGCUUUCGAGCGGGCAUGAAGAAAGAAGCUGUCCAAAAUGAAAGAGAUUCAAUAUCAAAGAAACCGAAGGAAGAAGACAAAAAGUAUGGCUUAACUACUCAAAGUUUAUUGUCAGCUGACAUCCUUUCAAGACCUGCUUCCUCACCUCCAGAAUCUGUAAGCUUAGAGAAAGAAGCUGACUAUAAUGACAUUUGUGAAUCAAUGCGGCAACAGCUUCUCAUCUUAGUGGACUGGGCUAAGCACCUUCCUUGUUUUCCUGAUUUACAACUUGAUGACCAAGUUGCGUUAUUACGAGCGCAUGCAAUGGAACAUUUACUGCUUGGAGUAUCACGACGAUCUCUUGGACUUAAAGAUGUGUUAUUGUUAGGAAAUGAUCUUGUUAUUCCGAGAACAGCUGGAGAUCCUGAUGUUAGACGUUUAGCUUCAAGAGUUCUUGAUGAAAUUGCUCAACCAAUGCGACAGUUGAAUAUUGAUGAUACAGAAUUUGCCUGUCUAAAAGCAAUUGUAUUUUUCAAUCCAGAUGCCAAAGGCCUUGGGGAACCUCAAAAAAUAAAAGCCCUGCGAUUUGAGAUUCAGACGACAUUAGAAGAUUAUAUUAGUGAUCAUCAGUAUGCCAGUCGGGGAAAGUUUGGUGAAAUGUUACUAUUAUUACCGACACUUCAGAACAUUGCUGUACAAUUAACAGAACAACUUCAAAUCUUGAAAUUAUUUGGCGUGGCUAAAGUCGAUAGCUUAUUACAAGAAAUGUUACUUGGAGGAACCAACUUAAAUGAACAUUUUGAUCCAGCAGCAAUGUCGAUAGUUCCUUCACCGGACAGUUCGUCAUCACCCGAAGCACCUAUCAUCUCGCCAACACCUGAACAACUAUUUCCAUCAGCKUUUCCAGUCAUGGGCACAGCUCCAAUGUCUGUCGCUUCAAAUAUUUUUGGUAUGAGUGAAACACAAGCUCCAGGCAUGACCAGUCUUCCUAACAUCCACACAUCUACUGUUCCAUCAUCCGUCAUUCAUGCUCAGAGUUUUCAUCAGCCUCAAAUGCAGACAGAGAGCAGUAAAAGUAAACAAUUACAUAAUCAAACAAGUACAGGAAGUUCUGUGUUACAAUGAUAAAUGGUGUCUCAGAACUAAUUAUAUAUUUUUUGUAUAAGGUACAUUGAAAUAUAGCUUCACUUGUAAGAUUUUCUGAAGACUUUUUUAUGAUUACAGGGUUCUUACAAUGACUGUUAAUAUUAGUCAUAAUAAUGGUUUCAAAACAAGAAUAUUGUUUGAAAAAAAAAACCCAGUAGCAAAUCAUCAAUAGAACACGAGGGUGGAAACUACUGCGCAGUAUAUUUAUGUCAUGACAAAUUCCUGACAUUGCCAUGACAGUGCUGUAAAAUAGCCAUGAUCAUUUCUCAUUAGUCUCCUACAUGGUUCCUUGUGCCUUUCAAGAUGGCACAGGGAACCCAUAAUAAGACUAUGUACAUGUACAUUGAGUGUGGUGUGUGUUGCUAUGGAACCCUCUUAUUGUUCUUGCAAGAACCAGUCAAUUUUUCUACACUUUUGCAAACUUCAGAAGCUCUUACAAGUUUGUAUUAUUUAAGAUAUUAGCCAUUUCAUAUCAUAAAUCAAGCAAGAAUAUCAUACCAUCACAUUAAUAUAGAACCUGUCUAGGUUAGAUUAUUGCUGCCAGUUUGAUGACUAGAUUUUGGAAAACUGGUUKGUACAACCAGGGUUGAUCUGACCAUUGUUUCUAUGCAAAACUUGUGAAAAAAGUGGUCUUAAUUAUUAAUAAUUUUCCAUUUAUCUCUGCCAAGGGACUUGGGUCAUGAUGUAUAGAAGCUAUUUGCAAAUCUCAUUCUAUUGUUUGUGAAAGUGUUUGCCUUCUGAAUGCUUUCUAAAAAUGUAUUCCCAUCACAGCUGUGAUAGCAUCAUUUUUGCUAAAAACAAGAUGGCAUUCAUGUGGGUAAUGAGACAAUAUGUGUAGUUGCUUUCAAAAUUAUUGCUGGCUUGCAUGAGAGCUUUUUUCAGUCGUUGUUCCAAAGCACAAUUUUACCCAAAAUAUCUUUUUUUCCUUCGCACCUGCAAUUUUUUUGAAAGCAUCUUUGCAUAUUGGAAAUCAUGUAUCAAAAUGCAGCUAGCAAUCAUGCAUGCGAAGUUAGCUGAGGSCACAAAUAGAGUGAAAUAGAACUUUGAAAGUCUUGGGGAUUGCUAUGUGUGCUACUUACCAUAAAGAAUGUGACAUUCAAAAAUGUAUAAUCACAUGCUGCAAGGUUAAUCAGAAUUGAAAUUAUUUUUAUAGUCAGAAUGUAAAAUUAAGUUUAUUUUAGUAUAGUUUUGGGCUUUUUCUCUUUUCGUAUACCUAAUAAUAYACCUAAUUUAGCUGUAAUAGACCUUUUUAAAGUUUAUAUGACUAGAAAACGAAGUCUGAAAUCAUUGCUUGGUCUGUCUGAUCCAAGCCUUGAAUUAAACUGUUGUUCAUUGAUCAGCUGUGUAAAGUUUCUAAAGGUCUGUUAUAGAACUCAUAACUUAGCUUAUUUUAAACUGUUAUUUCUGUUAUAUAAUCAUGACAAAAUGGCUGAAAAGUCAUUAAGAGUACUCAUUUUGUUUGUAGGGGGAUAAUGAAGAAUGAAGGCAGGGUUUUGUGAAAGUAAAUAAAUAAAAUAAACUUUAUCUUCAUUUUCAUUCUCCUCUCUAAAAGCAUGGUUCACAUGACUUGUGCAAAUGCAAAUGAGACCAGCUCCUGUUUCAUUMCUUGCUUUGCCUACAUUUUAAUAUUUGUGUGAACCAAGGCUUGAGUGUUAACCUUAAUUUUUUUAGUAUCUGUAAAAUUAAAGAAACAGACUUUGCAUCAUCAUGUGAAACCUUAGCCAUGAAAUGGCCAGAAAAAGAAUUGUUUUGUUGUGUAGAUUGCCAUUUCUCUGCUAAAUGUGAAGGACAAKGGUAUUCAACAGCCUUGGCUAUGAUGAUGGAAACUCUUGUGAUGCAAGUAUCACAUCUAUCAAUCUAAGACCCAGUGUACACAUUAUUAUAGUCUGGAUACAUGUGAAUCUGYACACUUUUUCUUGCUGUUAAAGGGGCUUUGUCUAUACAAAUAUGUUGAAUCCAACUUAACAAAUUUAUCUGGAUUUCGAUUUUCUCCUCAAAGGAUUCCUGGAUACUCUGCAAAUGCAGAUUUGCCACGAGGUUUGUGUGGACAAAAGCUUAAUUUCAAAAUUYUGGUAAUAACACGAGGAAAUUAGGCAAGAUUCAAAUGUGUCUAGCCUUGAAACGUGACAAUUGGGUYUAAGAAAUUUCUUGCAUGAGUUAUGCAAUUCAUGUUUCGCGUGUGCUUGAAAAGAAACGAAACAUUUAAGGCAAGAGAAAUUCAGAAUUCAAUAAAAAAAUCAUCAAAUGGUUUUAAUUCA